AUGUCCAUCAACCCAACAGCCCCUCCUCCAUUGAAAAAUGACAUUUUAGAACUUAUUGGGAAUACCCCAUUAGUCAAGUUGAACAAGAUCCCUCAAUCUUUGGGUAUCAAAGCUAAGGUGUAUGCCAAGGUGGAGUUGUUUAAUGCUGGUGGUUCCAUUAAAGACAGAAUUGCCAAAAACAUGGUUCUCGAGGCCGAAAAACAAGGCAGAAUUAAGCCCGGAUACACUUUGAUUGAACCCACUUCUGGAAAUACUGGUAUUGGUUUAGCAUUGGUAGGUGCAGUGCGAGGAUACAGAACCAUUAUAACUUUGCCUGAGAAGAUGUCAAAUGAAAAAGUUUCUGUUUUGAAAGCAUUGGGUGCCGAGAUUAUCAGAACUCCAACUGAAGCUGCAUUUGAUGAUCCCGAGUCUCAUAUUGGAGUUGCAAGACGAUUAGAGAAGGAAAUUCCAAACUCGGUCAUUUUGGAUCAGUAUUCUAAUGUUGCCAACCCUGAGGCCCAUUACUAUGGUACUGGCUAUGAAAUUUGGGAACAGACUGAAGGUAAGGUCACCCACUUGGUUGCUGGUGCAGGCACGGGUGGUACCAUUUCCGGUAUGUCCAAGUACUUGAAGGAAAAGAAUCCAAAAGUGAAAGUUACCGGAGCUGACCCAAAGGGCUCCAUCUUGGCAGAGCCAGAGAGUUUGAACGAUAGUUCAGAGGGCUAUUUGGUAGAGGGUAUCGGCUAUGAUUUCAUUCCCGAUGUGUUGAACAGAAAGUAUGUCGACAACUGGAUUAAAACAGAUGAUGCCGAAUCUUUCAAGUUGGCUAGGAGAAUUAUCAGAGAAGAAGGUAUUUUGGUUGGUGGCUCCUCCGGUUCAGCACUUCAAGCUGCUUUGUUGGUAGCCAAAGAUUUGACAGAGGAUGAUGUAGUUGUUGUUGUGUUCCCUGAUUCGAUUAGAUCUUACUUGACCAAAUUUGCUGACGACGAAUGGUUGAAAUCCAACGGAUUCACUGUUGAGGAAGACGAGGCUACAAACAAGACCGACGAGUUUUUGACAAACAAAACAAUCAAAGAUUUGGUCGCAGGGAAACCGCCUGUUGUUACUGUUACGCUUGCAGAUACCGUCGCUAAGACUUUUGACCUCUUGCAAUCAAAUGGAUUUGAUCAGCUUCCAGUAUUGAACAAAUCAGGACAAUUGGUUGGGUUGAUAACCUUAUCAAAGAUUUUGAAAUCAUUGUCUACAAAGAGGAUUCAGUUGACCAACUCGAUCAGCUCCAUCAUUAUAGAUUUCAGGAAAUUAGCUGAUUUUGAAAAAUCAAAGUCUGUAAACAAGGAAUCGGGAUUUACCAAGAGAAACUACGAUGUCAUAACUUUGGAUACCAAAUUAAGUGUAUUGAACAAGUUUUUUGAAACAAACUCCAAUGCCAUUAUUACCGACAGCGACUUGAAACCAGUUCAAAUUGUCACCAAGGUUGACUUACUUUCCUACUUGACAAAAAAUCUUUCUUACUAG